GGCCCCCUCCUUCGUUCCAUUCACACGAUUGUGUACCUGGAGGCCCUGGGUAGGUGUUUGGGUCCAAAUGGGUCGUCACAGCCAGGAUGGUGAGCCUGCUGAUGGCGUCUAGACUCUAAAUGAACAGCAGAGGUUUUCCUUGAGAGGGUUAUGUGAAGUGCCGUGUCUGUGGCACACUGAGUAUCUGGCGAAUGUUGGGCAGGUGAUUUGGGGCCUGGAGGGCUUGAAAAAUGUGAAGGAGACAGGGGAAGGCCUCGGCUGGGCUAUGUUGGAAGCAGAAGAGCAGAGGGAGAAAGCUCAUCAUUGCCUAGUCCUACUGGGUCAAAAUCCAUCUUUGACCCUGGGGUCCAAGCAAUGCUGGCAAUUUGUGCCCCUAUUGCCAACCAGGACUGUGAGGUCCAGCCCGGUGUCUUCAGGGACCUCCCUGCUAACAGUAUUCUGAAGGGGAAGUGGAAGUAGGUGGCCCGCAGUCUUCUAUUUGGUUUCUGAAAUGGUACUGCUGUUAGGGAAAGCAUCUCUUCCAUUACCGGGAGGACACAGGGCUGAUCUUUGUGAGCCGAUCGUGGGCCGCGCCCUGCAUGAGACUCAGCUGCUGCUUCAGGCCGUUCUGUGAGGGAGAAGCCAAGAAAGCAAGACUGCAGCAGACAGUGAUGGAGGGAAGUAAGUUUUUGGGGCUUCGGAGGCCUGAGCAGGGGCAGUCACCCAGCCUCGGGAGUUGGAACACAGUGGGUGAAGAUUUCCUGCAGGAGGCAUGCCUGGAAGGAGUGAAGAAAGAAAUUGGCCAAAAAAAUAGAGAAACGAGAGAGCGUCACUACCAGAAGCCCCAGGAAGUAUCGUGAGUUUCUGCAACGGGAAAUAGAACCAUGGAACCCAAAGAAAUACCUGCUGCGCCCUGCUGCCCCUCUGACUCCGAAUGCACCACAGGGCGUGAGACUGGAGCCCCGUGGGGGAUUGAACUUGGCCCCAGAAGAGCUAUAGGUCGCUGUGACCGCUGCCACAACCAUGGCAUCACUACCCAAAUCAGGGGCCACAAGCAUUUCUGCCUCUUCCAGGCCUGCAAGUGUCACAAUUGUACCCUCUUCUCGGAGCACCGCAGGAUCCUGCCUGCUGUGAGUGCCUUGAAGAGGGAGCAGCGGGCUCGGCUAAAGAGGCACCUGGCUCGAGGACUGAUAAAGACUAUGGCUGUCCCUGCCAGAGCUCACACCCGUGUCAAGAAUUUGGCCGUGGAAGCAGGAGCCCUCACUGGGAAGGAGAGCAACGUGCUGCAGCCUGAGGCCCACGCCCGCGAAACCCCGGAGCAGGAGAGCUCCCCAGGGGCUCUGCUGCUCGGCAAGCCCUCAGAACCUUUGUCUCUGCCCUGCACUCCGGCGACCUUGGAGCAGCAACUGAUGGUUUCUUUUUCCGGGGAGCCCCACGGGCCCCCUGCCCAGCCCAGCACAUGCUCAACUCUGAUCCUCCAGCCCUGUGCCACCCUUGACCCUCUUCUACUGCAGCCACAGGCCCCCAAAGACUCGGACCAGGCUGCGCUCUCUGCCUCCUUAGAGUGGCAGCGGAAGCUGGAGGCCGCCGAGGCUCUGCUGACUCUGAGAGGCUCUUUCCAGGCCCCUUCUGACUCCAUCUCCCUGCACCAGCCCUGUGUGCCACCAGCUCCUGCUGGAGAUAAAGGACUCCAGCCUCCCAGCCCCUCUCUCCGCCCCAGGCCAGCCAGCUCCGUCUCGCUGCCUAUUGGCCACCUGGGGUGCAUCUCCCUCUUGAGCUAGGAGCCCAGAGGAGGAGGCCUCCAUAGAGCACUGCCUAUUUGGAAUCCUGUUUCUGAAUGUGCAAAAUGGUUAAUGUCCAAAAUGCUUAACAUCAUUUUUUAUGCCUUAAGUGUUUUAUAAGCUUUCAGACCCUUUUUCUUAUAUAGGGCAAUUCCUUGGCUGAAGGUGGAUAUUCUUGUACCUGUAUCCCUUACUCCUUUGGAUGCUGGGGCAUUUUGAUGUCUCCUAUCAUAGCAGGAUUGUGCAAUCUAAGUUGAUCAGUCUCUAAAUGGGGUUCUGUGUGAAUUCAUAUGCCAGAGUUUUCAUUUGUCUUGUGAUUGCAGACACACCUGUGCACUCAUGUACGUAUCCAUGCAUAAGAAUGUUUUCACUUUGUCUCUAGGUUUGUGUGCGUGAACAAAUAAUAAACCCUUGUUGUUGUAAGGCA